AUGCAUAUCGGUAGCUUCUUGAAGUUAUGGCCGCUGUUGCCUCUUAUAGUUGGGAGGGCCAGCGCCAAAACCUGCGAGAUUCCUGCCCAAGGGGAUAAAUCCGGUGAUGAUUCGCCUGCGAUCAUCAAUGCUUUUACGGAAUGCGGGAAGAAUUCCGCCAUCGUCUUCCAGAAUACAACCUAUUACAUAAAAAGAGCAUUGAGCUUCAAAGAUCUCGAUAAUGUUAAAAUUGACGUCCGAGGUCGUCUUGAGGUCAGCAGCUGCACUGAAUAUAAUGAUUGGGGUACCGACAUUGAGUAUUGGCUCGAGAACUCCUUACCCAUUGGUCCAGGGGAAAGCCAAGACAGCUAUCCGCCGGCGGCGUAUCAGAACCAAACGACAGCUUUCAUACUAGGGGGGGAAAGGCUGCAUGUGGAGGGGCACGGAUACGGUACCUUUGACGGUAACGGCCAGGCCUGGUACGAUUUCGUGAAUGGACAGUCAAAUUACCCAAAUCGCCCUCACAUGCUCGUUGUGACGGCAGAAGACUCUUACUUUCACGGUCUUCGUUUUGUUCAACCUCAGAUGUGGACUGUCACUCUCGUUGGUUCUAAGAAUGUCGUCCUAGAGGACAUCUUUGUCUCAGCCAUCAGCAGAAGCUCGAAACCGGCACGCAAUACUGACGGUGCCAAUACGAUGUUCUCGGACAAUAUUACCUUUCGGCGGUGGGAGAUCGAAAAUGGCGACGACAGUAUUGCAGCCAAGGCAAACUCAACAAACAUUUUGAUCGAGGAUUGUAUCUUCCGCGACGGACAGGGAGUUGCCAUCGGGAGCAUUGGGCAGUACGCGAACCGCUUUGAAACUGUUGAAAACGUCAUGGUCCGCAACGUCAAACAGUAUGGAUCAAACUACGUAGCUCGGAUCAAGACGUGGACUGGCGAGCAGAACGAAUGGCCACCGAAUGGCGGAGGCGGUGGCAUCGGCUACGCGCGUAACAUCACUUGGGAGAAUAUUACCAUCGAGGACGGCGCCAAGUCACCGCUCAUUAUCAAUCAAUGCUACUCCAAUGUAGCCAAGGCCAACUGCAGUACGUCUACAUUCGACAUAUCUGACAUCAAAUACUCGGGCAUUAGUGGCACAAUCAACACCAGCAGGUAUGCCGAGUUUCAAUGCAGCAGGUCCCAAGGCGGCUGUGACGGUAUUGUCAUGGAUGAUGUUAAGUUCGUUGAUGUCAGUGGCGACGAGGAUCAAGAGGCAACGGGUAUCAAGUGCAGCAACGUGAAUGAUCCGGAAGGGUUUGAUUGCUGA